CGGAGGAUCAAGAAACUCAAGGGAGCGCCCGGCGCCUUGGGAUCUUGAAAAUUGCGGAGUUCGAAGGCGAAGCGCGUCGGGCGUCGGGCUGACGAGGAGCAGAUUCGCAGAUGCAAAGAGGUCCUCUGCGACCGACGGCCGCGUGGCCGGCGAGGCCAGCUUAAUUGUCGGCUAGAGUUGCGGAGACUGGACUAUCGAGAAAUCCUUCCGCCUUCCGCAGCCUUCAGGGAUCUCUCACCUUCCGUUCUUGUCGCUCGUCCACCUCGCGACUCCAAGAACACCACCUGCGUCGCGCAAUUCGCCUCUCGUCACCGAAUGAAUGUCGGACUGCUGUGAUGUCUUCGUCGAGCCGCGAUUUUGCAGAGCCUUCUUGUACUCCUCCAUUAGCAGAAUCUCCACGAAGACUCGAACCACCCCAACUUUCAAGGACACCAGAGUUAACGAGUAGAUCUUUGCAGAGGAUCUCCGAUGGAUUUUUUCUUUCUUCGGACGUUGUCAAUUCGGAUGAGAGAUAUCAUCUUGAACCGGAUAACGAUGAUGAGUGGCAAAGGAAUCUCUGUUCAGAACCAAGAGAAUAUCAAAGCAGACGGCAACCAGAUAUCAGCCAGAGACUGUUUACCAACUAGUGACAACAAGCUGAAGUUUAUCUCCAAACGAGAUGGACUUUGCCGUUCUAACGUACUGCAAGAACUUUCUUCUAACCCCCAAAAGCAGAAUAAGGACUGGAGCUUUUUCUUUCUACUUAGCAACUGAAAAGACUUGGACCACGGCCUAAAACCUGCAUAUCCUGAAGAGUCGAUGCAGGGGUCAACUGAUAUAUUAGAGUGGGAAGAAUCAGCUGAUAUGGAUUUCGAGAAAAAAAAAUGUGACAACGAGCAUGAGAUCCAGUUUUCAUGGACAAUGGGCAAGAACAAUCUGGAAAGGGUGGAGAAUGUAAAACAUCAACCCAGUUCGAGUGGAGAAUGCCCCCAGGAAAACUUGACGAAUGGUGGCUUCAAACUUCACGGAAAGCAAAGUGUUGACGGAUACACUCCAGACCACGAGGAGUACGACAAGGUGGAGGAUGACCCGAGUGAAGAUAAUGCCGGUGGUUCGCAUGCACACCAAGAGCAUCCUCAUUCAGGGAGCCCUUAUGGCCAAGCCGGGAAACCACAAGAAGCGUAUGUAGUUGAUCCUCCUACUCAAGGCCACAAAAUGCGCUCGUUUCAAAAUUCCUCAGAUCCAACUGUGGAGAUUGUUGCAGGUUCGACGGAUAACCCUAAUCUACAGUCUAGUAGACGCGCAAACGUUGUCUUGUACAGCGAGAAGACAAUCGAUCCAGUUAUUAGCAGUUCUCUGUUUGGUGACGAAGCGCUCCACAAGUUGCUGGGACAAAGCGCCAAAACUUCUUACUGGGCAAGGCUAUGCAUCAAAGAGCCUCAAAAUUCGGCAACAGGUGAGCUCGAAAGGCCAGGACACAUUUCUGGUACUAGUGGAUCAGAUUCUGUGAAUGGCUCAUCAAAGGAGCAUGAAAGGCAUAUCGAGGAAAAUAAAUGCAACAGUAAUAUUAAGAUUGUAGGAAGAGAAGAUCAGAAUCAUGUGACGUUAAAACAUCCUCUCGACAGCGAGAUUAGAAGAUAUAUAGGUCUAGAAUCAUCUCCAGUGAAGAGUAUUUCUUCAGGAAAACCUGAAGCAACUGAAGCAACCAAAUCAAUCUGGCUGUCAAAAGACGUUAAUUUGAACACGCUGUUGGCCCAAGGCUUCAGUCUAGAGAGACAGCAGUUGAAUACGGGAAAAGUCGAGAACUCAUCUAAACAAAUAGAGUCGUCAGAUGCGAAACCUGUAGCGAAUAGAAAGGACUUGAAAACUUCAUCCUCACUUCCAAUGGCGGUGAGGCACAAAAAUCAAACAGAUGCGACCCAGAGUUUAAGGUCUAAAUUAGAGAAAACUGUGGGUCGGACCCCUGGUUCGAAGAACCAAAGUCAGUUAGUCUCUCAUAACUCGAAGACAAGGAGGUUGGAAACCACUGCGUCAUCAUUUCAGGCCCUUGCGAUGAAGUCACAGCUGAUGACAUCCCCACGAGGAACCAAAAAGGGAUCCUCUUCGCAGAACUUGAAAUCUCUUUAUCAGGGAAAUAGCCUUGAGAGGUUGAUUGGUGAUAAUGAAGCAACCAACAAAAGAAAGAACAGUACCGUCACCAACAAAGGCUUCUCUGAGUCUUGCGGAAAAGGGAAAAGCAACGAAGAACUAGAAGGUCUCUAUGUGGAGUUCGCUGAAAAUGUAGCGAACAUGCGACCAAGCAAUGGAGCUGCAAAUUCAGUACCCUCAGCAUUAAGUUUUGAGCAAAUCCAUCCCGGGUCGACCUCGAAAGUACUGGAACUUCAUAAAUAUUUAGAUGACCUCAAUAAACAGAUUGCAGAGGAAAGACAAGAGAAACAGCUGAUACAGAAAAGGUUUGGCGAUCAACAUCAUGAAUUUGAAAGAAUUUCAAGAGACAAACAAGAACUCUGGGAGGCUAAGCUGAGGGAGCUGCAGAAGGACAAGUAUGCUUUACAAAUUCGCCUGCAGGAAGUAGAGGCGGAAAAUCCUAGACAAAAGAUCAAAAGAGUUGGUGAAAGUGUCAACUUGACAGAAGGUGAAUUAAGACGUCUGAGACAGGAAAUUUUGGAACAAGAGGCUCUGAUCAAAGGCUAUCAGGUUGAGAAUGAGAAAGCCGUCAAGAAGUUGAAAGACAUAGAGUCCACUUACAAAGAAAGAGCGCAACUGAUGGCUGAAGAGAACGCUCGUUUGGCUUCACAGCUGGCGAAUAUACAAUUUGCUGGAUGCCAAACCACGAUUUAUGGAUCGACUCCAAAUGCAACAAAGGAAAUCCAGGCUUUGAGGACAGAGCUAUUUGAUCUGCAAAGCCGGGAGACCAUGCUGAGGCUUGAGCUGGAGAGAGAAAAGAAGAACAAUCAAGAGCUGGGGAAGAGUCUGGCUACUCUUAAUCAAGACAGAGAAAACGAAGUGGAAUCAUUGAAGCAAAUGCUGGUCAAGGAAAGACUGGAACACGCCCAAGCAGUUGAGCUAAAGGAAGAGCAAACUCAGCUCUACUUAAAGAGUCAGGAUGCAGUGAAAGCCUUGAGUAAAAGGCUUGAAGAUCAGGACGGCAUUGUAGCUGAUUUGCGAAGCAAGGUAGAGGUUUUCGAAAGUCAAGAAGAAUUUGGAAAGGAAAACGAAAGAGAUAGUCGGAAACCAUUUCAAGGUCAGAGAAACUGGAGCAACAUUCAAAAAAUGAAGGCCAUCAAACGGAUUGAAGACCUUCAAAAGCAGGUCAAAAAACUGGAGGCAAACUUGAAGUUGAAAAACGAACAUUUGCGAGACAAUCAGCAACCAUUGGCGACAAGCACCGAUGAAAGCGAGAAAGUUAAGAGCCUGCAGGAGGAAGUGAGGAGUUUACAACAUCAGAUUAGAGAUGACAACUCAAGGAGUGUAUUACAAGGGUUGAGGCAUGAACAUGAUCAACUUAAGCAAGAGUAUUCGAGAGUCUGUGCGGUAACCCAGCAGCUCAAGAACCAGUUACGGGCUUCAGCAGAAAAUGACCCUUCCGCUGCGAAGAAAGUCAAAGAUCUCGAAAAGCAGGUAGAAGAUAUAAGGGUUUUCUACAUCAAGAAAGUUAGAGAUUUAACAAGGCAGCUGGGAGAUGCUCGGAAAGAAAGUUCCAAGAUGUACACGAAUAUGGAAGCUCGAAAGACGGCGGACAAGUUCAACCUCAAGAUGAACAAACUAGAAGAGACUUUGGCGAAAAGAGAUGCAGUCAUUAAAAAACUGCAAUUGAAGAUUAAGGAUCUUGAAGCGAAGAAAGGAAACUUAUCAAAAGGAUCAGGACUCGGUCCAAAUGUCAUCAAGAGCGGAGAGCUUCCUAAUUCUACUUCCACCGAGGUAGCUUCGCUUCGGAAGCAACUGGAGGCGGCUGAAAUCGCUCGAGAAGUACUUCAAAAGACGUGCACUGAAACGAUGGAGAGGGCUGCUUUGAUGUCGGUGCAACAUCAACAGAUGAUGAGAAACGUUAAGGAAGUUCAUGCGAUGCGAGUUGCAGGAGACCGCAGUUGUAACAGAGACGAUCAGGAAGGAGGGUGGCAAAGAAAAUAUAAGAAUCAAGCCCUAGAGGUUGAGAACGAAGUAUUGGAGUCGAGAGUCAAAGAUCUAUCGGUGGAGUUAGUUGAUCAAACGGCUCAAAAAUCGCCACGCAUGGCUCAGGUGAUAUAUCAACUGCAGAAAGGAAGCAGAUUCAAGGACAAAUUACCACCUCCAUUCAAAUGGAAUGAAGAACACCUAGCCUCAAGCUAUAGACAACACUGGAGUGAUCACAGGAUACUGUUUCCUCAUGGCACUAUGUGGUAACACUGUGUCCGUUCUGCUAGAACAGAGAAGUUGAAUGUUAUGGUUCACCAAGCCUUGGUCGGAAACCGUCCAUAUUUUACAUUUGUAUCCUCCUCCAAGCCAUCACUACAUCACUGCCUCGAUCUGAAGAGGCAAUGCUGUAAGGCACCGUGAUCUUUCUGACUGAGCUGUCUCUUGUUGAAAGAGACAUUCAGUAUUGGUUUCGUUGAUGCUAUAUAUUGGCACUCUCCACCAGACCAGCAGACAUGGGGAUAACUUAGAUCCAUACUCCUGUCAAAAUUGGAAACUGCCACCUUGAUUGUGGAAAGGUCCGGAGGUCACUAUAUGCAGAUCAGGGACAUCCAAUGGACCUGAUUUCAGCGUAGGAGUGUAGGAGUUGAGAAAUAUAGAAAAUAUGCGAUAAAGCCUUCAGAUUAAGACUAGCUCAAUUAGCACGAUGGAUUCUGGUGGGCCUGAAGUUUGAUUUGCACGAAGAUCUGUGAUACUUGGGUGGAAGCAUCUGCUAAGCAACAAAUACAUAAUACGCUCCAGUUCCUACGAAAAAGGAUUGAGGACAUGGAGGCUCGCCAUAAAGAAAGAGAGUGGGAGUGGCAAAAAAUUUUGCAAGAUACCAGGAGGUUACCUAGCAGCAAACGACAAGAUAAGGAUGAAGAACUCUGGCAAAUGGCCUACAAGGCCAAAUAUGAAGAGAUGGAAAGUUUCAAGAAUGAAGUGGACUCUGUGUUGGAGGCGGCUCUGGCUUUCCAGAACUCUCAGAUGGAAAACGCCGAACACAAGCUUUUCACAAGAAAUGAUGCCAAGCGUUGAGAAUGCGUUGGAAAUUUUUUUAUUUUCAAUAAUUUUCCAGCUCCUAAAGAUUUGUAUCAUGCCUUCUUCAUUGCAAAUAUACUUUCAAUUUUUUCAAUUUUUUCAUUUUUUCCAAGGUAGAGGAGUUCUUUAGGUUCCCGGCUUUGUAAAUGUUGGUAGAUGUAACGCAUUCAUGCUGGAACUGGCGUUUCUUUCUUCUCACAUCAGAUUCAAUUGGAAACAUCUUUUUUUCCAGCCAAUAAUCAGCGAUGUGAGAUCUGACCUGUAGAUUUCAGGGCGAGAAUGUUAUUCAUAGCUUCUGCCCGGCAUUUCCAGGUUUGAAGCAGACAGAUUAUUCAUUUUGGAGACAUGUAAGUAAAGUCAAACAGAUAACUACCACAACCUUGGAACUUGAAAACUUGGUCUUCCCUCAACGUUGUAGCCAGGAACUUUGAACACACUGAGAGCCGCUAAGGGCCAGCAUACCAUAAGUGUUUUUCAUCUAAUCCCUCCUUUCCAACAAAUAGAUUCGGUUUCUCUUAGACUCUUGAUAUGCAUGUGUAAGAUUUACGGCGUUUGCUCAAGCAUAUGGGGAUCGAGAAUAUGACCGUGCAUAAUAAGCACACAUGCAG